UAUGCGAAACAUCUCAAAGGAGAGGUGAAGAUACAGUCUGAAGCCGCGGAAACCCCUUCUUCGGCCCCGGGCCGUCAUCACGAGGAUCAGUUGUUGGCGGCAUAUGCGAUUGCGGCCAAACCCGCACCUGGCCACUUGCUGCUAACCGGAGACCAUCUACACAACCAUACGCCUUCUGUCGGGGGCAGACAAAAUGCUUGCGGUGUUCUAGAGGUGUCGGUUGAAGAGGAGGAGGAGGAAGCUGCUGCCGAUUCGCGAGACACAGACGUGGUUGAUCGGAACGGAAUUGAUCUGCUUGCUAGGCGAGGAGAUGUCGUCAUAUCGGAGGGUUACUCCUUUGCCCAGACAACCAAAGGCAUGGUGGCAACGAAUGACCCGACUUCCUACGAAGCCCCUCAGUCAAUUAGUCAACAACAGCAAAGACCUUUGGAUCGCGUUCAGCCUCCUUUCGUCAUGGCCGCCAAUGGUGAUGAGAUCCAGCCCACCUUUCAGGAGAUCCGACGGGAUCUGGAAAAGAAAAAGUGA